UUUUUUUGGUUGUUGGUUUGGUUAAAAGCUUAACAAAUUGCCGUAAACAAAAAAAUAGCAAGCGUUGGAAGAAAACAAGUUAAACGGAAAACACGAUCUCAGCAAGCGCAUUUUUUUGCUGUUAGUCAAUAAACAAAACAACGCAUAUAACGUUGCUUUCGAAAGUUAACGGACACCGAGAUACCAAAACAAUCAUGAAUCAAGCGGGCAACUCGGACAUCUCGGGCAGCGGCACGCUGGAUCUAAUUAUCAAGUCCCUCAAGUCCGCCACAAUGAUUUGUGAGGGCACACACUUUGACGGCAAAAUUCCGCACACUUUUGUGGUCUUUGGUGCCUCGGGUGAUCUGGCGAAAAAGAAGAUCUAUCCUACUUUGUGGUGGCUUUACCGCGAUGAUUUGCUGCCAAAACCCACGAAAAUAUGCGGUUAUGCUCGCUCCAAGAUGUCCAUUGAAAAGCUCCGCUCUAACUGCGACGCCUACAUGAAGGUUCAACCCGGUGAGCAAGCCAAGUACGAUGAGUUCUGGAGCCUCAACAGCUAUGUGGCUGGUGCCUACGAUGGUCGCACCGGCUACGAGCUGCUCAAUCAGCAAUUGGAGCAGAUGGAGAAUCACUGCAAGGCGAAUCGCAUAUUCUAUUUGGCAUUGCCGCCCAGUGUGUAUGACUUGGUCACGCUGAACAUCAAGAACAUCUGCAUGUCGCGCAACGGCUGGAAUCGCGUGAUCGUAGAGAAGCCUUUUGGCCGCGACGAUGUUACCUCGAAGGCAUUGAGCGAUCAUCUGGCGAGCCUGUUUGAUGAAGAGCAACUCUAUCGCAUCGAUCACUAUCUGGGCAAGGAGAUGGUACAGAAUUUGAUGACCAUACGUUUUGGCAACAAGAUCCUCAGCUCGACGUGGAAUCGCGAAAAUAUCGCGUCCGUGCAGAUCACAUUCAAGGAACCCUUCGGCACCCAGGGCCGUGGCGGUUACUUCGAUGAGUUUGGCAUCAUUCGCGAUGUGAUGCAGAACCAUUUGAUACAGAUACUCUCGCUGGUCGCCAUGGAGAAGCCCGUCUCGUGCCAUCCCGAUGACAUACGCGACGAAAAGGUCAAGGUGCUAAAGAGUAUUCCAGCGCUGGAGCUCAGCGACAUGGUCUUGGGUCAGUAUGUGUGCAACCCGGAUGGGACCACAGAGGAUGCUCGCACUGGCUACUUGGAGGAUCCAACCGUAACGAGUACUUCAACGACGCCCACAUUUGCCAUGGCCGUCAUGAAGAUCAACAAUGAACGUUGGCAGGGCGUUCCGUUCAUCUUGCGUUGCGGCAAAGCGUUGAACGAACGCAAGGCGGAGGUUCGCAUUCAAUAUCAGGAUGUCCCCGGGGACAUCUUCGAGGGGAAUACGAAACGAAACGAGCUGGUCAUACGUGUCCAGCCCGGCGAGGCGCUCUACUUUAAGAUGAUGACCAAAAGUCCGGGCAUCACGUUUGAUAUUGAGGAAACCGAAUUGGAUUUGACGUACGAGCAUCGCUACAAGGAUUCCUAUCUGCCGGAUGCGUAUGAACGCUUGAUACUCGAUGUCUUCUGUGGCUCCCAAAUGCAUUUCGUACGCUCCGAUGAGUUGCGCGAGGCGUGGCGCAUCUUUACGCCCAUUCUCCACAAAAUCGAACAGGAACACACGAAGCCCUUGCCCUAUGUCUAUGGUUCCCGUGGUCCCAAGGAGGCGGACCGCAAGUGUGAGGAGGCCAAUUUCCGUUACUAUGGCUCCUACAAAUGGCACGGCAGCAAGUCCAGCACAUCCAAUCUCUAGAAGACUAUUGCGACUUUCAGCUCGGUUAGGAUAAGUUGGUGGCAUGGUCCCACUCCUUCAGCUGCUAAAAACUCUACUAUAUACAUACAUACUGAGAUACUGCAAAUCAAUUGCACUUCAUUACUUUGGUUGGUUUUACAAUAGAUUUUUGUAUUAAAUACUAUUUUAUAAAAUUAUAUUUGGAGCACCUCAAGUGUUGAGGUAUUUCAACUGUCUUCUUGUCGAUGGAUUAAACUUACAAAUAUCUUCAAAUAAAUUAAGUAUACAAAACAACAACAAAAU